UCAUGACCAAAAAGGUCCCAGGGAGACAUCUGAUGCCUUACUGAUGGUAAAAACACUUAGCCUUUACUCGCUGAAGAGCCUGUCUGUGUCAACAAUAACCUCGUCACUCGCGCGUGAAAGCUUCAGGCAGCAGUCGCAAGCUGAGGCAGUCAGCUUUCGCUUGCGAACCCGAUCAGGCUGCCGAGAUGCCUCAACCUUCUCUGAGGUGAGGAACCCCGCAAUAGCUUCUACUUCCUUCCACAAACCUUAUCUACACAUCUCAUCCGAACCAACAACCCAGGCCCUCUGUUGGAAGUCCGUGCCCCGAAUUCCCUUCACUGGACUUCCUAUUCACCCGCACUCCCUUCCAGUAUUUUUAGGCUGCCCUGGUGUCCGUUUCUCCUCUUCCGUUACCACUACAGAACCAAGCCCUUUUUCUAUCGUCGCCUUUCCACCUCCAUCACCCUCUCUGCAUGCGACACAGACACAGACACACAGAACAAUACAACAUGGAAGCGACUGACACGUACUCUACCGUCACCUCGAGCCCGCCCCAGGCCGAGGGACAUCAUGGGACAGACUUCACCCAAGGCUUCGGUUCCUUCAACUUCAUGCCCAUCACCCCGCUUGACUGGGAAACCCUCGAUCCUCUCUGCCCCACCAAAGUACGCGAGCGGUUUGAGAACGAGCGUUCAAGGCACACCUAUCAAGCCGAGCAUGAAACCAACGACUAUGGGAGUCUCAAGCACCUGGUUGAGCAAAUGAGUAUAUACGAUGACUCUCCAAAAACGAAACCGGAAACAUGCCUUCUCCUAGCCCUCCCUCUCGAGAUGCGCCAUGCCAUCUACGACCAGUUCUUCAUCCCUUUCCGCCGCGACGGAGGAGUCUACAGCAAACCCCGCCCUCAAGGGGCAGCAAGUCCGACCCUGAAAGGACUGAAAGGAGGAAUUCACUUCCGCAUCAACGAAAAGGAAUGGAACCACGAGCGACCACAGCGCCAUCUAGACGACCUCGUCGUGUCAGACCCCCUGAUCACACGCACCAUGGACACGCUCACGCCCUGGUAUGUGCGGAAUCCCGGUAGUCCUGUGCACCUCUUCGCGGCGAUCACCAACGGCGCCGUGCCAGCUGAAAAUCAACCUUCGGGAUGGAAUUUACCUGCGAGCAAGAUGAUUAAGUAUGACGAGUGGCCUGAGGCGUCGUAUGGCAAGCCGUAUGAGCCUGGCCCUGCAGACGAGGAGGAGGAAGAGUAUGGCGAAGACUCGGAUUCGGACAUGGAGAUGUCAAUGUCCAUGUCGGACGAAGAUCACCAGCAGCAAUCGUCCUCUCAUAGCCCACCCCGGUAUAGGAGAAGACGACCAUCCCGCCAACCGUAUCGCCUUGUAAUCGGCCCUAUACUCGAAAAAUGCUGUGACAACCGUUGCGGCUUCACCUACAGCGCAGACAACCGGUCAGGCUGGGAUCCCAAGCUGGCGGACGACAUGGAUGAGGUGCCAACCCCAACCUCAGCAGAAUCGCCCGAGUCGGAGUCGUUGUGCGAUGAAAUGGGCGUCAAAGGCAUAUGCCGCUACAUCCACCCAUCACGCUACACCAACCUCCUGCAGCUCUCGCAAAUGUCACCGUUCAUCACCCGCGAGUUUGCAGCCCGCCUCUUCUUCAACUCCGUUUUCGAGUUCACCGAAGGUCCUUCGCUCUUCCCGCACUUUGUCCGCGAUCGUCCGGCUGUGCUUCCUCACAUGCGGGGCGUGAUCCUUCGCGUGGAGUGCUCGGCGAAUUUUCUUGAUACGGUCACUUCCGAGCUUGAGGCCAUGCUUUCGUUUCUUGCGAAUCAUGAAGAGGUCAACUUGCGAUUCUUCACCGUGGUGCUGAGUACUGGCUUGAUCAAUAUCUCACGAAACCAGACUGAAGCGGGACAGUGUUUCUACAGGUUCCAGAUCCUUCAGAAACUCAAGGCAUGAGCACCGCUGUUUCGCCAACUCAAAGCGCAGGAGUUUCUGCUGGAGAUGAGAUUGGCGCCCAAGUUGUGACCCGAUAAAUAACAAAGAGAAAUGGGGCGGGUUCCAGGAAGGCGAGGACCUGAAGUUGACGCAUAGUGAAAUCAGAAGCAUGUGGUUGCCUGAUUCUUUGAGGGGACGUAAAGGACUAGAGAAAGAUGGUGGCACGCCUUGUUCAACCGAACUAUACAAAACCUUUUACGACUGUACAUAAGUCCUGUAGUCAAAUGUAUUAGCAUCACUUUCCUUUCUCCAAACAAUCUUUCAUCAAU